AUGCUGGUUACUGUACACAAAGGACACCCGGUGUGGAGGCGAUGGUGGAAAGCUUGUGGAAGGUCCUUGGCAGGGUACCGUACCGAGAGUGCAGGCAGGAGCUUGUUCAGGCCUACUGCGCUUAUCAUUACAACCUAACUGGUGGGUGCGUUCCCCCUGCCUUUAUUGAUCAACCAGAGGAUGGAACAAUAGCAAAGCCAGGAGAGAUCCAUUUCAGUUUCAAGGCAAUGCCCAAAGCAGGACCAAGGCUGGAUAUCUCGGAGCAUGAAAAGGUCUUGAGUGAUCCUCAGGUGAGUUUGAUUCCAGCUCGUCUUGGCUUCCUUAUUCUGGCUCACACUGCACCUAAAACACUGGUAAGUCUAGAUUUUUGUUAUCAUUUUCACUAUUAUUAA